AUGGGGUCGGACGACACCUACAAUUUUGUCUUUAAAGUGGUUUUGAUAGGGGAGUCCGGCGUGGGUAAGAGCAACCUGCUGACACGUUUCACCAAAAAUGAGUUCAACCACGACAGCCGUACCACCAUCGGUGUGGAGUUUAGCACGCGGACCGUCCAGCUUGAGAACUCCACCAUCAAGAUGCAAGUGUGGGACACUGCCGGCCUGGAGCGCUACCGGGCCAUUACCUCAGCCUACUACCGCGGAGCGGUGGGCGCCCUGCUGGUGUUCGACAUCAGCAAGCACCUGACCUAUGAGAGCGCCGAGCGCUGGCUCAAAGAGCUGUACGAGCACGCCGACCCCCACAUCGUGGUCAUGCUGGUGGGCAACAAGAGUGACCUGGUGGACCUCCGCACCGUGCCCGCAGAAGAAGCCAGAGCCUUUGCAGAGAGCAAAGGUCUGAUGUACAUGGAGACGUCGGCACUGGACUCGACCAACGUGGAGGCGGCUUUCAUCGACGUUUUGACGGCUAUCCAUCGCAAAGUGGCCAGCAGAGAGGUGACCCGGGGCUCCAUCAGCGCUGUGACAUUAUCGGGAACGAUCGGAGACAGCAGCGUGGCCCAGGAGGAGCGAAAGCGAUGCUGCAGCAAUUCGUAA